ACUCCUCCCCAAGGUGCCAGGGGUAUAUCUACCUUUCUAUGUUCCCACAUCGCAAUCACAUCCCUGAUCAUCCCAGAGACAACUUCUCGACCAUCAUCAGCAGAAGAAUCUUCAAGCCAUGGCAUCAAUGGGUCUGCAAGUCUUGGGCAUUGCCCUCUCUAUAAUAGCAUGGCUCGGUACUAUGGUCACCUGCGCUCUCCCUAUGUGGAGGGUGACUGCCUUCAUCGGGAACAACAUCGUGGUGGCCCAGGUCAUGUGGGAAGGACUAUGGAUGAACUGCGUGGUGCAGAGCACAGGGCAGAUGCAGUGCAAGGUGUAUGACUCCUUGCUUGCCCUUCCCCAGGACCUCCAGGCAGCCAGAGCCCUGAUUGUCAUCGCCAUCGUGGUGGCUGUCCUGGGAGUGCUCUUUUCCAUCAUCGGAGGCAAGUGCACCAACUGCGUGGAAGAUGAGUCUUCCAAAGCCAAGAUCAUGAUCGUGAGUGGCAUCGUCUUCCUUGUGGCCGGAGUCCUAACUCUGAUCCCUGUCUCCUGGUCUGCCAACAACAUCAUCCGAGACUUCUACAACCCCCUGGUGGUGGAGGCUCAGAAGAGAGAGCUGGGGGCAUCUCUGUACAUCGGCUGGGCAUCAGCCGCCUUGUUCCUCCUGGGUGGUGGCAUGCUGUGCUGCAACUGCCCACCAAGGGACCAGAAGCCCUAUUCUGCCAAAUACUCCGCAGCACGAUCUGGACCAGCCAGCAACUACGUGUAAUCAGCCUAGAAGGACAACAACUGCCUUGUCCAUGAGCCAACACAGGACACAAGGACCUUGAACCUUUAAUCAGCAUCUCGUUUCACGCUCCUUCGUUUUGAUACAAACUUUGGACUUGCCAUCUGGAAAGAUCAGUGUGACUUUGGCUGUGUGUGUUUUAUUUUUAUUUUUUUGAGACUCAACUGAACAAGCCUAGACAAGGGACACUU